ACCAACCCAUGAGCAAGCACCUGCCCCCUAAAGAGCUUUAUAUUAAUCUGGUUAAGUGAUACUAGUGAACACCCAACUGACGAAAACACAAUAAUGGUCCCAUGGGCCGAUCUCUUGCCCAUGGUCCCAUCGGUGUUGUGGUUAAGAGGCUACUUAGGUCCUCUUAGUAUCGACGAUAUAUACUCAAUAAAUCCCUUAACCCCCUUAUUUGCAUCGACAAGUAGUUUACAAUGUUUGUACCCCCAAUCCCCAAUUUAGUUCUUGUAUUAGUCUGGCUUCAGAGAGUUAAAUUUUCGCUUAGUAGUCUUGAGUCAAUUGGGAACUAGCAUCCUUUUUGGACUGUUGUCAAAAAAUAAAAAAUAAAAAAAAAAUCUUCCACCUCUUAUUUUCCUUGUAUUUCUAACUGAAUUUCCCUCUAGUAUCUUCCCUAUCCUCCACUAUUAAACAAAAGACACACUUAUCGUUAACCUCAUACUUUGUGGCUAAAAACCAUUAAUUACUUGCCAAGUGAACAUAAGAAAUAUUGGCUUGAUAUUUAUCAUUAGCUUUAUACUUUCUUCAAGAACGUGUGAUCCUCUAAAAAUGAAUUUGUGACAAAUAACAAGUAAAUGUUAGGUGUAAAAUGAGUUUUUUUAUCAUGUUAUUGAAAGAGUUAUGCUCCCUCGUACGUUGGAUUUCUUAUCACAAAACUUUAUUAUACUUUUUGACGGCAUUCAAAACCUGAGAUCAAAUUUUGUCUACAUCAUUAUUCUUUUUAUUCUCUAUACACAUGCAACAAAAAAAACAAAAAAACACACAAAAGUAUAGCAUUAAAACUUGACUCAUUUGAUAAUCUUGUUGUCUCAUAAAACACUCGAAAUCUUGUCAAAUGAAGUGUUGACUGUUGAGUGAAUUUUUUAGACACCGCCAUUAGACUACCAAAAAAUAUGGGUUGAAAUGAGAACUCUCAAGAAGCAACUCAACUACUCCUCAACAAGUCCACAAGCAAAACAAAACCACAAAGCGCGGGGUUUACUUUCUCUCUCUAAAUUAAAGCGACAUAGUUUUAAAGCUUCUCCAACCUUCAACAAUGGCGGAAAACCACCAUUACCAAACCUUCGAAGAUCCUUUCUCAACCAAACAUUCCCGACUUCCAGACGACACCGUCUUCUACUCCAUCUACUCCGACUCUUCUCUCUCUUCAACUUCUUCUUCCGCCAUUGCCGACGACCUCCAAGCUCUGCACCUCCAAAUCCUCACCACUCUCUCUCCUCUCACCUCCGACUACAUUUGGCAACACGAACCUUUCUCCCUUUCUCUCUCCUCCUCCGACGACCUCCCUCACCUCCAUGGAAAGCUUCGGUACGGCGACAACCUCGACGACGAGUGGUUCGUUGUCUUCCUUCUCUUUCAUAUUUCUCUCUCAUUUCCUUCUCUUUCUAUUCGUGUUUGGGAUUCUGAUGGUGAGUUUCUGCUAAUUGAAGCCGCCUUUCAUCUUCCUCGUUGGAUUAAUCCAGAAAAUUCAAAUAAUCGCGUUUUUAUUCGGAAAAAUGAAGUUCAUAUUAUUCCGAAGAAGAAGUUUCCUUCUCUUCCUACUUUGAAAGAUGCUCUUAAGUUGUUGAUUGAGCAUCCUGAGGUUACUAGGGCUUCGGAUUCGGUUCAGUCGGCGAUUAAGGGUCGGAUUUCGGAGUAUCCUGAAAGAGCGAGGCGGAAUAUUCAUCGUGUUAGGGUUAGGGUUCCGAUUUCUGUUGCUCAGGUAUUGAGGCAUGAGCCCUGUCUUAUUUCCUUGGCAGUUGAGGGAUUUUAUGACCGUGAUAUUGAUUCAAUGAAAUAUGCUGCAAACAUGGAGAAGUUUUUGCCUAAGGGUCGUGAGGAGGAGCUGGUUCUGGUAUCUGUGAAGAUGUCGAGGGCAAUGUAUGCUCAAUUGUUGCAGCAGAAGUUUCAGGCUCCUAAGUGUUAUCCCAUGCCUCCCAUGCCACCAAGGACAGAUCAGACUACAUACACAGAGGCUGAACUGGGGAUGAAGAUUGCUUGUGGGUUUGAAAUGGUUUAUCAGCAUAGGAAGAGGGAGGGAGAGGAAGGAAAAGGAGGUACUUGGGAGGCAUUUAGGGAGAGUUUGGAGAAGAGUGGGUACUUCAAAGGACUGCUUCCAGGAUCUAAAGAGUACAAGCAAUUGAUGGAGAAGGCAGAGGAGUACUACAGAAAGAGUGCCUUGCAUUAUAGGGCCAGUGAAAUUUUAAGUGCUCCAGUGAAGAGAAUAGAUGAGAUUCUUGCUUCAUCACACUCCCCUGAUGAUUUCAAGGAUCAAGAAGUGCCUUCAUCUGAUGAUGAUUCUUGGCUUUAUGGCGGGGAAGAAGAGUUGAAAUCUGUUCUUGAGGAAAGACAAAAGGAAAUGGACAAUUAUGAGCAACGACAGAAAAGGAAACAGAAAGGAAAGGAUAAGGUCAAUGAUGAUGAUUCAUCCAACCUGAAUAAGGACGAUUUUGAUUUAGGAGAAAUAGCAAAGUCCAUGAAGUCAUUUGUACAAAAUGUAUCAAGUUACCAAGGAGCAGAAGUACCUGAUGACAGAGACCUGAAAGAUGUGGAAUUUGACAUGGAUCGUUUCAUGAAAGAGCUUGAAUCAGUAACAAGGGCUCCUGGUGGUGAAGAUGAUGCAGAGGAAGGAUCUUCUGACAUGGAUUUUGAUGAGUCCGAGGACGAGAGUGAUAUGGAAGAACCUGAAGAGCAUGGUGAAGAGAAGCAGGGGGAUUUUAUGAAUGCUUAUACAGAUGCUCUUAAUGAAGAGCUGAGAAGUUCUACUCUUAAGAAGAGCUUUGUACGGGCAACUGAUCAAUCUCUAAAGAAAGAUGAGGGUAUGUCAAAUGCUACAGAAGACAUGGACGAGGACUUUACUCCGGUGGAUGUAGAUGUGAAUCUUGUGAAGAGCUUGCUUGAUUCAUUUUCUUCUCAGCAGGGCCUCCCCGGUCCUGCUUCCAACCUGCUUGGUCUUAUGGGCAAGCAGCUCCCACAAGAUGAUGCUGACAAAGGGAAAGGCAAGGGCAAAAUAUUAUGAAAAAGCCUUUUCAUUAGCUGCUUUCGAGUCUCAUGUAGUCAUGUUAUAGUUUUAGCCUUUUAGUAGUUCAUGUUGUUUGUACAGUGACAAUUGCAUGUUUGAUAAUGUUAAAUUAUAACACCCCCUUCUAUAGAUUAUUUACCACAACCACCAAUGUCAGUACCGCUUUUUCUAGUUA